GAUUCUGUUUUGCACAUUUAACACUUUUCCCCGUAAAGUUCAGUGUAUUAACCGGAUUUAAGUGUGUUUCUGGAGAAUCCGCGUUGUAUAUAGCCUCCUAUAUAUAUAUAUAUAUAUAUAUAUAAACUUGCAAAACUCCUCAUUUUUAGACUGCCUGAAAAGCUGUUGGACAUGAUAAAUGGCUUACACCAAGGCUAUUCGUUUGGUACUCUUGUUGGCAGUGGUGCUGUUUCAAACAUUGGGAACAGACGGAAACUAUAUAAAUGAUAUGGACGGACGGUUACACUUUAAUUGUCCAAUGGCAAACCAGUCCAUAUCGCAGAUUCAAAGCUAUCAUGUCAACCGUUACGAAGAUAGAAGAUUCAGAAUGAAUUGCAGAACUCUCCCAGGAAAUGUUCAAUAUUUCUCAACAAAAUGCUAUAACACAGGUUACCUGAAUGAAAUGGACAAAGUUCUUGAUUUUAACUGCGGAAGGAAUGGAUACAUUAAUGGAGUACAAAGUUAUCACAGCGACCACUAUGAAGACAGAAGAUGGAAAGUUAGGUGUUGUGAAGUACCAGGAAUGUUUCUUGUCAACUGCUCUACAACCUCGUGGACGAAUGACUGGGAUGGGUAUCAAAGCUUUACCUUACCAACUGGUCAAGUUCUUAGCGGCGCUUAUUCCUAUCACAAGGACUAUUAUGAAGACAGACGAUGGAAGUACCGAACAUGCAACGUGCGGGAUGGAAUAUUUGACUAACUCAUUCUAUUACCCAGACAACAACUUCCGGCUUUUUAUCCCCCAUAUUCGAUCUGGAGAUUCUUAAAAUUCAAACAUCUCAUUGGCUGCUUUUGGAUUCAAAUGUUAUCUUCUGUAAAACUGAUUAUUAUCUUAUUAUCAAAUAUUUUCACGAUCCCCAGUGCCUCAUCUUGGACAGGCACAGGUGUCAGUGUUUUACAAAGAGUAAAACAGGGAGGACAGGUCUCAACAGGAGCACAACACAGACGUAUUUUAAGGGUUUCAUGCAAGACCUUAGGAUCCCUUCCAAGUCAUGAAAUUUUGGACACAGUUUUGAGCGACCAUAAUGUUCAAAUGUGCAAGAAUUCAGUACAUAAAGUCUCCUUUACAUAGAAGGUGACCCUUUCAAGUUUGUUUAAGAUGUGCAUAUUAAGAUACAAACUGUAAUUUAUUUAGGGCGCCCUUAGGACCAGUGUUUUACAUAAAAAUAAGAAAGAAAAAUGGAGAGAGAAAAUGUUUCUCUUUAGGUUACAAGAGUACAUUGCUAAGAUGUAGGAUAGUGAAUAGUUUUCCACUGCUAUCUUUGUACUAGCCAUGUCCUUUUGUCAGUCAUAGAGUUGAUUUAUUGCUAUAUUGUGUAAAAAUGAUAUCUUUAUGAGAAAAUGUUUUCAUGUAGCAUUUAUAUAAUUUAACUAAACUAAAUAAUUCCCAAACUAGUCUGUUCAACAAAGGCAUAAGAGUCAAAUGCGUUACCGAAGCUUAUAUAUCCCUUUACAGUGUUACCAAGUCCGUCUGAAGAAAAAUUAAAGGAAAUAAUAAAGAUAAUGUAUAAUUUUAUAUGGAACAAUAAACCAGAAAAAAUCAAAAGAGAUGUACUACAACUUGAUUACGAGAAAGGAGGACUAAAAAUGAUAAAUAUUAAGUGUUUUUUGAACUCGAUAAAAGCCUGUUGGAUAAAACGAUUUAUGUGUAACAGUGAAAGUGUAAUUUGGGGUACUUUCUAUAAUACAAUUCUAAAACCAGCAGGGGGAAAGUUAGUAUUUGAAUGUAAUUUAAAUGAUAAAGACAUUGAAAACAUAUGUAAAAACAACACAUUUCUCAAAGAUGUUCUUAUUGCAUGGCAUACCAUUAAGAAGGUUGAAUUAAAUGACAUAAGUGGAAAACAGAUAAUCUGGAACAACUCUGACAUAAGGAAUGGGAAUAAAACAUUGUAUUACAAAGAAUGGUAUGAAAAAGGAAUAAAAUAUUUAGAACACUUAUUUGAUUACAGGAAAAAAGAUUUUUACUCUUUUGAACAAUUCAAGUAUUUAUACAGUCUAGAAGAUAAUGAAUUCCUAAAAUAUUAUCAAAUUAUCACCAGCAUUAAGCCGGAUCUAAAAGAAUCACUUAAAAAAGAAAACAUUAUUUACAAUACUACAGACAACCUGCUUAAUAAAAUUCAAGCAGCAAAAGCACCAAACAAAUUACUAUACACCAAACAAUUAAAUGUAAAACUUAAACCAGAAAUAAAAUCAGAAAAGAAAUGGGGAUCUACUGUUGAAAACAAUAACAUAAAAUGGAAUAAAAUUUAUGGACAAAUUUUUAAAGCAACGAUAGACACAAAAAUUAGAAACUUCCAGUAUAAAUUUUUAAUGCGAAUAGUUCCAACAAAUAAAUACUUGUACAAAAUGAAAUUGUCUAGAACAAACUUAUG